GCUCUGUGUGUCUGUCAGUGGAGCCAAGGAGGGUGGGAGGGCUUUCUAUAACUCAUAGAUUGCCAGUUCCUCAUCUUUUUCUCUCUUAAUUAUCAUCUUUUUUCCCCCUUCUGUUUGUGCUUAACAUCUCUUGCUUUGAGUCUAACUUAUCAAGGAAGGUCUGCGUAAAUAUGAUCAGCAUCAGUUUACAGCACACUAGAGAACAUCAGCACUGGAAUUGAAUCCAAACUGACAUCGGAGUUCAGCUAUUAUUUCUAAAAGACUUGUCAGCUUUACCUACCGAGAUUUCAACUAUUACCAUUUUGCACCGUGAUGUCCUCAGUUGUAGCCCCAGAAAAACCCACCUCCAACACGAUGGGUCCAAAAGAGGUGGAGCUGAUACUUGUAAAGGAACAGAAUGGGGUUCAGUUCACAUCGACCACCUUAGUGACUCCAACUCCGACUCAGACUAACCCCAGUGGGGAGGAAGAGAGGGAGACCUGGGGAAAGAAAAUUGACUUCCUCCUGUCCGUGAUUGGAUUUGCUGUGGACCUGGCAAAUGUCUGGAGGUUCCCUUAUCUCUGCUACAAAAAUGGAGGAGGUGCAUUUCUGGUGCCGUACCUGUUUUUCAUGGUGAUAGCAGGCAUGCCACUCUUCUACAUGGAGCUGGCUCUGGGUCAGUAUAACAGAGAGGGGGCAGCAGGAGUCUGGAAGAUAUGUCCCAUAUUUAAAGGCGUAGGCUUUACAGUGAUCCUCAUCUCCCUCUAUGUUGGUUUCUACUAUAACGUCAUCAUCUCAUGGGCAAUGUUCUACCUCUUCUCCUCUUUCACCGGCGAGCUACCGUGGGUUCAUUGCAACAACACGUGGAACAGUCCAAACUGCUCCGACUGGGCUGACAACGGCUCAGUCAGUGACAUUUACAAAGCCACCCCGGCUCAGGAGUAUUUUGAAAGGGCAGUACUCCAUAUCCAGGACAGUAACGGCAUUGAUAACCUGGGUCGUCCACGUUGGCAGCUGACUUCCUGUCUAGCUGUGGUUAUUGUUCUGCUCUACUUCAGUCUCUGGAAGGGAGUCAAGACUUCUGGCAAGGUUGUGUGGAUCACAGCCACAAUGCCCUAUGUGGUCUUAACUGUGCUGCUGCUCCGCGGAGUCACGCUGCCUGGAGCCAUUGAUGGCAUUAAGGCCUACCUCUCCGUGGACUUCCUAAGACUCUGUGAUGCCAAGGUCUGGAUUGAGGCAGCAACGCAGAUCUGUUUCUCGCUGGGAGUGGGGUUUGGUGUGCUAAUUGCCUUUUCCAGCUACAACAAAUUCAGCAACAACUGUUACAGGGACGCCAUCAUUACCAGCUCCAUCAACUCUUUAACAAGUUUCUUCUCUGGCUUUGUGGUUUUCUCCUUCCUUGGGUACAUGUCCCAAAAGCACAACGUGGCUCUAGACAAAGUUGCAAGAGACGGCGCUGGAUUAGUGUUUGUCAUUUACCCCGAAGCCAUUGCAACACUACCCGGGUCAUCAAUUUGGGCAGUUAUCUUCUUCAUCAUGCUGUUGACUCUGGGCAUUGACAGUGCAAUGGGUGGCAUGGAAUCAGUGAUCACGGGACUAAUUGAUGAAUUCAAAUUCCUCCACAAGCACAGAGAGCUGUUCACCCUCUUUAUUGUUGUUUCCACUUUUCUCAUCUCCCUCUUCUGUGUUACAAAUGGAGGGAUGUAUGUGUUUACUCUGCUGGACCACUUUGCAGCAGGAACAUCAAUUCUGUUUGGAGUGCUUAUUGAAGCCAUCGGUAUAGCGUGGUUCUAUGGAGUGGACCGUUUCAGCGAUGACAUUGAGGAGAUGAUUGGCCACCGACCAGGCAGGUACUGGAGGCUAUGCUGGAAGUUUGUCAGUCCCUGCUUCCUCCUGUUCAUGGUUGUGGUGAGCUUUGCCACAUUUAACCCCCCAAACUAUGGCUCCUACAUGUUUCCUGCAUGGGCUAACAUGCUUGGGUGGUGUCUGGCCAUGUCAUCAAUGACCAUGGUGCCUCUCUAUGCCAUCUACAAACUGUGCACACUGCCUGGAAAGUUUUGCGACAGAUUGGCUUAUGCCAUCACCCCAGAGACAGAGCAUCAUCUGGUAGACAACGGGGAGGUCCGGCAGUUCACUUUGCAUCACUGGUUGGUGGUCUGAGGGCUACAGAGAGAGUGGGAAAGAAAGAAAGAGAGAGAGUGCGAGAGAGAAAAAGAGAGAGGAUGACUGCAUGGACACUGAGUGAAUGCAUGCACAGUAAAUGUCCAAGGAACAAAGAAGAGGAGAGCAGUUUAUUUAAAAACAAUGAUAAUGGUGGUGGGAAGUUUAAAAGUGCCAAGAAAAAAAACCACACACACACACACACAAUGAAAUCGUAGUGUUCUUUAAUUUUGUGUGAAGCUGUGCAUUGGACAUCUCCACCAUUUAAUUACUGCUAGUGAAUGGGAUUCAGUUAAACAGUUCAUGUGGUGUUCAGCCUGUUCUUUUCCAUAAAUGCAAAGGUCCCUGAAUGCAGCUUGCGAAGUAGCAGUGUGAGAAAUGUUCUUGGAUAUUUUUGCAUUAGCCAUUCCCAAUAACGACCAAUGAAAGCUCCAAGAAAAUGAAUGCUGUAUGUUUAGAUGCCCAUGGACAUUUGUCAACAUGACAACUGUGGAAGAUGUUGAGGUGCUACACACAAACAAUGUCACGUUUUAUUUAUGUUGGUUUGUUUCAUUUUCAGUUAGCUGAUAAAGUUCAAACAGCAUGUGGCCUUUAUUUUCAUUACCUUUAUGUUUUUAUUGUUGUUAUUGUUCUGGGUGAAAAAUCUUCAAAUAUUCAGCGCUCAGAAAUAAUUGAAAUGCUGAGCGCUCAAAGUUUUACUGAAUCCCAGUCCAUAUUAUGUUAAUGUCGCUAUAUAUCUGUUUGCUGUUUCUGUUAAAAGACUGUUAUGAAGUUAGGAUUCCUGCAGAGCAUAUUUCACCAGGUUUUUACUUUAUUUCCAAUUCCAAUAUUGCAUUAAACUAAAAUGACAUGAGAGUAAAAAGGAGCUUUUACUCUGAGCUCAUUCACUUCGCAUCACAACGUAAUUCUUUAGGUUAAAAAUCACAAAAUACGCUGAAGAUAAAACUGUCAUUUAUUACAGCUGCCCUGGAGUCACAUGAGCUCAAUGCCAAUUCUAAAGUUUAAAAGAACGUACCGAUAGACAAAAAAAAAAAAAGCAUUAGCCACGCUGCUGAUUUAAUCGACCAAAGAGCACAGUGAGUUAAAAAAAAAAAUUCAGAUAUCUCGUCAUCUAAUGAGAAUAUUUUGCCAAGGGAUGUACUUUCUUUUAAACUGUACACAGCUCAUCUUAGAAGAUCAUUAACUCUUUACACAUUGUAACAAAUCGUGUCCCCACCCCUUCCUCAAAAGUUUCAGGUUGUGAUUUGGCGACAAUGACUGUCACAUUUCCUCCAGAAAGCAUAAAGCUUUAAUUUCACAGUUUACACAGUCUUAACCAGUAUUUCAAGACUGUUUGAAAGCUGCUUUUUAUUGAACUGCAAAUAAAUAGUGUGUAAUGUAACAAACUGGUAUAUCUGUGUAAGUAAAUGUAAUGUAGAGAGCCUUGUAUUGUACUGUAUGAUAUUAAAUAACUGCAAACACACAAACGCACAUAUAUUCAUGUAAGAUUUACAUACAUUUUCUUCCUCUUGCAAACUCUUUCUGUUUAAUCAGAAAACAAGUAAUCCUUCCCAAACAGGUCAAUAAUGACUUGUUAUCACUCCUUAUGGUACAUGUAACACUAUGUCCCAAAUUGUAUGCCUGUGCUGCUGUACUGUGCCUUGUGGUGUUUACAACUGUAUAAUUUUGUUUUGUACUGUCAAAUAAAGUAUAAUUAAUUCAA